ACAAUGAACGAAAACGAAGGCGACCUCCUAACACGGGAUCGAAGUUGCUGGAACGACAGGAGAACGAGAUGUUGUUCUCCAUUCUUGGUGCCGAUAAUGUCUCUUUAUCGGCUGGCGUCGUGGAACUGCUGUUCGUCGAGAACAAGCAGUGGAAACUCACAUUCCGGGGUGUCCUGUCGCUUGUGAAGGAUUACCAGAAUCGAGCUUAUUUCUUGCGUCUCUACGACAUACUGAGUGGGCGGAAGUUAUGGGAUUUCAGAUUAUACAAAGGAUUCCGAGCUGUCGGAUAUGGAAAUUGUCCUUAUCUGUUGACAUUUGAAGACGAGUCACGGCGGCAGAGCUAUGGACUGAAUUUUUCAAGUGUGGAAGAGGCACAAGAUUUUAAAGGUCAUUUGGACAAACGUCACGAGCAGGAAAGCAAACCAUGUACGACAAUUUACUUUUACGAUCAUGUUUGUGGUUGCUUUCUAGCCGCUGCAAAAAAUCCGCUGGCACCACCAAAUGCGCCAUUCUGCAUGUCGUCAAGCACUGCUAGCUCCAUACCUCUUACAUCAGUAUCCAGUGGAGUCACUCCAGUUGGCACUAUGGUCCACGCUGAGAAAGUUUUCUCAACAGGAAGCAGUAAUAGCUUCUUUUCACGAAAGGAAAAGAAGAAAAAAGAGAAGAGACCACGUAUUCGAAAAGAAGAUAUAAGCAAUCCCACAAAUUUUCAACACAAGGCUCACGUCGGGUGGGACCAAGACAAUGGGUUUUCAAAUAAUAUGUGUGAUUCAGAGCCGAUGGACGAAAGUAUACAAAAUAUAAUUCGAGCUGCUGGUCAGGAUCCGACGAGCAUGAGUAAAAAGACUAUAAAAUUCGUCUACGAUUUCAUUGAAAACUACAAAGACAGUGACGGAUUAAUAACGGUUCAAUCGUAUAAGCCGUCAACACCUAAUCUUCCGCCGCAAUGGAGCAGCCCUGUUCCUCCACCACCUCCGUCUCGUACGGCUUCUCACCAUCCUUCUGCGCCUCCAACACGUCCUCCACCUCCACCACCAGCUGUGACAUCUUCGUCGAGGCCAUUUGAAAUUCAAGCAGGAAAGCAACUACGUAGUGUCGCAUCACAUGGCGUCGCGGAAAAGUCGAGUUCUAGCGAUAUUCGAGGUGACGUCAUGGCUCAGAUUCGCCAAGGGCCGCAGCUUAAACAUGUAAAUACAUCGGAAGAGGAGGAAAAACGGCGCUCUGGGAGUGGUUUGACAGAAAUGGGCGGCAUAGCUGAUGCCCUCGCCAAAGCUCUAGAAGAACGUCGAAUGAACAUGGCGUUAGAUGAUUCAAGUGAUGAGGAAGUAUCAGACGAGAGAAACGAGUGGUCCGACUAG